AUGAUGCUGAGCGCGUAAUGGAUUUCCCCAGCACUGCUGCUUAUCGGGGACCAGGAGCUGCAGCUGCAGCAGUCCAGCCACAUUAAAUCUUCUCCACCACUUGAUGCCGGUGACCUUGGCCAACGGUGGUUUCGUCUCCCAGACCCGCCUCGUGCUCUUCUGUUCACCAUGGCAUCCUCAGACGGGCUGGAUGAGGACUGCGUGCUGCAGCGGGGUAGAUCUCAGAGUGACCCGAGCAGCAUCACCGAGGUCCGCCUGGGUGAAGCGCACAGAGCAGAUGUGAUGGACCAGCAGAGGGUGCUGCAUCCAGGUUGCCUGGUCUCAGGAGUGCGUACACCUCCAGUCCGCCGCAACAGCAAGCUGGCGAGCCUGGGGAGAAUCUUCAAACCGUGGAAAUGGAGGAAAAAGAAAAACGAGAAGCUGAAGCCUUUAGCAACGGUGGAGAAGAAGACGUCCGUACGUCAGAAGAGAGAUGACCUCGUUAGGAAGAACCCCGGGGAGACAGAGACAGAGUCAGAUCUUGCUUGUGGGGGUAACGCUGAAGACCCAGAAACCCCAAAUCACUCUGAUGCUGAGGACAGAGACGAGGAGCUUGUUGCACCGCUGGCCAGCACCAAUGAAGACCUGAGCAGCGACUUGGAGGCCUCGACAGUUCAAGACCUGUCCGAAGACACAAAGACAGUGGGAGACGUCAGUCAGGUUGAAAAUGGAGAAGAUGAGAGCACCUCCCUGAGUGAACCCAUCGAUGAGCAGCCCACUGGGAAAGUGGAGUCUGUGGAAGUUAAACCCCAGGCGACAGCAGCUCUGCCUCAGAGACGAGCCAGCACAUCUAAUCCCCCCAACAAGCCGGUCAAACUGCUCACCAGACUGGGCAGCCUUGACGGUGCUCCUCGGCCUCCAACCAAGAAGUCCCCAGCCACCCUACCCAGGAACUUCACUCUCCCCAAAGACCCUCAUGGAUCCCUGUUGAGAGGCAGGAUCUCCACACCCACCGGGUCCCCUCACCUGGGGUCACUACACCAGCAGCUGCCCCCUAGCUGUAUCAUUGAGGAACUGCACCGUGCCCUGGCCACCAAACACAGACAGGACAGUUUUCAGACAAAGGAGGCACGCUCAUCCCUGAAACGUCGCCUAGAUGGCCGUCUGUCCCGCUCAUCCAGCACAGAGAAGGAGCCGGCCGGGGAGUCUGAGAGCAAGAAGGAGUCGGAUGAGAACAAAGAGAACUGGCGUCUGAACGAAUACUUGAGUGACCAGGACAGCUGGAAUGACUCUGUGAUCUCUGGGACCCUCCCACGCAGGAUGAGGAAGGAGCUGCUCGCCGUGAAGCUUCGGAACCGACCCAGCAAGCAGGAGCUGGAGGACCGCAACAUCUUCCCCGUCCGCAGCGAUCAGGAGCGUCAGGAGAUCCGCCAACAGAUAGAGACGAAGCUGGCCAAGAGACUGAGCCAGAGACCGGCCGUGGAGGAGCUGGAGAGCCGGAACAUCUUAAAGCAAAGAAAUGAUCAGACAGAACAAGAGGAGAGGAGAGAAAUCAAGCAGCGCCUGAACAGAAAGUUGAACCAGCGGCCGACCGUGGACGAGCUGCGGGACAGAAAGAUCCUCAUUCGUUUCAGUGACUAUGUGGAAGUGGCCAAAGCUCAGGACUAUGACAGGAGAGCUGACAAGCCAUGGACCCGACUCUCAGCUGCCGACAAGGCAGCGAUACGUAAGGAGCUAAACGAGUUCAAAAGUACUGAGAUGGAAGUUCAUACUUCAAGCAAACAUCUGACAAGGUUCCACCGGCCUUAGCAAGGUUUCUUCUGUGAAGAGUUGCUGAUAUCUGGUUUUGUCAGCGAAGGCUUUGUCUGGAGUCUUCCAUCGCCCCGGCCCACAGUCAGUGGGUGUCCCGGUUUUAGUGAACCUUGGAGGCUAUGUCUCUAGAAAUGGAGCUGCUAGAAGACGAGGACGCAUGCAGAAAGCUCCACUACUGCUCAGAGGAACAUGACCUGAACCCUCACUCCACCUCGUCAAAGGGGCGGGGAGAAGCAAGGUCACGUAUUUGCCAUAAACAAACAAAGACUUUUUUUUGUAAACAGACUCUUUUGAAAGACGUUCUUUUUGAUGCCACUGAGGGGAAACGUGCAUGUGACCGAGUCGCCCAGUCCCACUCCAGUAUCAGUAGUCACAUCCCCAAACUGUGUCUGAGUCUCACUGAUUCAGUUGAUGAUGUGUUUCAUAUCAACAGUGUAAACAGGAACCUUGUCUGUGUAAAAGACAACAAUCCCUUUGUAAGCACUAUUUAUUGUCUGCACAAUACAAGUUUUCAAUUUGUA